AUGGAAACUACACCAACAACAGAAGAUUCCCUCAAGAAUACGAUCUUCUUGGUGCUGGCCAAUAAGCAGGACCUUCCAAAUGCACUAUCGGCCGGCGAGCUAGCAGAGAAGCUUGGAUUGGCGGAAAAUCGGAGUCAUAGGCGGCACAUCCAAGCAACCUGUGCCCAUAACGGAGACGGAAUCUAUGACGGGCUGGACUGGAUCGAGAAACAUCUCCCGCCACAACAACCUACC